GCACUGCAGCUUUCUCGGGAAACUAUGUUCCAUUGACAGGCAAGCCGCGCACAAUCACCACUGUUCAAAGAGCAUCCGCUCCAGUCGAUGGCCAUGCCCAAGGCUCACAAUCAUCCAUUCCAGCUAUCACUGGUAUGGCUGCUAGCUUGGCUUUGCUCGGCACCAUCCGAGCACACAGGAAAUCUUCUCGGAAGGCCCAAACAUUACGAAAAGCCGAGAUCACAACAGGUACAUUUGAUCCAGUGACGGGAAAGAAAAACUAUGUGAACCCCUGGGAAGAGCGGGUCGAUUUGGAGAAAGACCUGCCUCCAGAUGCGGGAAAAAUCCCAUUUGGCCGGAAGUUCCGUCCGUACAGGGGCCCGGUGUACAAGCAGGUUCCUGUCAUCGAAGGAUUGGAGUUUCCCUUGGAUCCAAACUUGUACUAUCCGCCUUUGGAGCCACCUGCUCCGGGGGCGAAGUGGGGUGAUGGGCGAGCUCCAGAUGGCAAUUGGUAUAUGGAUGUGCAGGGCGAGGAAGUUCAGUAUUGGCAGGGCGUUGGCAAAAGAAAGACAGCCUGUGCGAUUGUAAGAAUCGUGAAGGGAAACGGCCAAUUCAUUGUCAACGGCAAGGAUGCCAUCACUUACUUCUGCCACUACCCGUAUUGGUGGCUUAAGGCAUGCGAGCCCCUGGCUGCGCUGUCCCAGAAAAACAAGUUCGACAUCAUUGCGAAAAGCUUUGGUGGUGGUGUUAGUGGACAGGCUGGCGCUAUUCGUUUAGCUUUGGCCCGGGCCAUGCAGGAGUACAACUUUAAUUGGAGGCCAAUGAUGAAGAAAGCCAGAUACCUGACUCGUGAUUGGCGUAUGGUCGAACCAAAGAAGCCUGGCCAACCCAAGGCCCGCAGGAAGACGCCAUUUCACAAGCGCUGA